UGUGUACAUGGUAUAAAUACAGACAGUGUUUGACAGCUCUCUGCCCAUCUGUUCGUCUUGCUAUGCUUGAAUUAUGAAGCCUGUUGUUUUUGUUAACAAAUGUAUGUAAUGAAAUUUUUAAUCAAAUCACAAUUUCUGAAGAUAACUGAAGAAAAUAGACUUGAAAAGGACUGAUGAGAUGAAAAAGCAGCUGAUUUGGGUUACCAUUUCGGGACAUAAAUCGAAUAAAUCUAUGCUGCAUAUAAUUACUCACAAUGGCAAGACAAGGCCCAAUUCAGCCUACUGUAUCCAGAACAGUUAACCUUCAUGUUGCAUGCUCCUGGUGCUGCAAAAAAGAAAAUGAAAUAACAUUUUCUGUAAUCAGUCAAGACCACCCUCAGUGUACUGGAGAUAUUCUCUUGGCUAGGUGGGAAGGAUCGCCUGAGAAACUGAGGCAUAUAAAAUGUCCACCGGCAUUUCCAAAGCCACGGGAGUAUGUACCUUGUUGGUAUUUCGUGGAGGGCUGUGGCUGCACAUUUCAUGGAAAACGCUGUGCCUUUGCAAGAAGUUCUGAGGAGGCUGCAGUGUGGAAUUUUCUGAAGGAGAAACAUCUCGACUACAGUCAGCUUAUUAAUCUGGUUAAGAGAGUCCAGUUUCUGAACCAGAACAAAUCACCCGAGCAUCCUCCAAAUCAGCCAAUGCAGCCUCUGGUCAGCUCUCCUCAGUUCCAUUGCAAAGUGUGUAAGAAGUGGUUCUCCUCAGAGGAAAGAUUCAUGAACCACUGCUCUACUCCUGAACACGAGAGGAUGAUCUUCACUGAUGCAACGGUAGAAUGGAAGCAUCGUGACCCACCUGAAAAUGUGAACCAGUCCUACAAGAUAUGUGAAAGACCUUCUACUUGUGUGUAUGGGGAUAACUGUACCUCAGCUCAUUCUUUAGAGGAGCUGAUGGAAUGGCACAUGCGGGACAAGAAUGCGCGAAAGAGGAAAAUGAAAGCAGCCGAAGAGGGUUUGCUGUCCUACCAGGAGCGAUUACUGCAGGAGUACAGGGAAAGCAUCAGUGAAGUUCUCAUUAUGUCUGAGUCUGUGCCUGGUGUCACUGUGCACUGUGACAAGGAUCUGUCUGUUGUUAGUCAUUGGGAAGAUUUGCCUUUAAAGUGGACUUUCAAAAUAACAUCAGAGAUGCCUCUUGUUCAAGUUGCAUUGAUGAAAAAGGAAUCUGGAACUACAUUUAGUUUCACAUGCAACAGCCCUGAAGGUCCUUGUACUUAUGCAACAGGAGAGAGGUUUUGGACUCCCAGUGGGGCAGUGCCUCCGCACCCCCAGCACCAUCCUCUGAGGUUCCAGCACGUUCCUGGCCAGUGCCGCUUGGACUCGGCGACCAUGUCCUGGCUUAAUCCACAGGAGGCUGGGGUUGUUGUGCAGUCCUUUGAAAUCCCUGUCUACUUUAGUUUGAGUUCAACCAGCACAUUCAGCCCAGGUGUGUAUGACCAGUGGCUGGUGUUCGACUUUGAUCAGAGGCCAGUGCUCUUACAGAAACUUCAGGUGAGGGUGGGAGAGGAUAUGCUCCCUUUACCAGAGGAGAUGCCCACGAGUGUGAGGCCCCUCAUCCAGGAUUUGGAGAGAUGGCACCGGGGAAACAGAUUCAUCAUUCCAUGCAUAGUAAAAACAGAGGAGGAAGAAGAGGAGCUCUUGAAGGAGUACAAGCCUCCUCAAAUGAACUUGCAGUUCAACCCCAAAGCUGAAGACCACAGUCCCAUAACCCGCCAGAACUACAGAGAGCGAAUGCACAACUUCCUCUACAGAGAGGAGCUGGCACUAGAAGAGGUGGUGUCCAGACUCAGUCUGCAAAAAAACGUCUCCUUGACUAAAGGGAUCUCUGGGCCUGCAUUUGGGAUGAAAUUUGCUCCAGAUAGGGAGCUUUUUGCUGAAGUCCCUGUUCAUUUCUCCCUGACGCCCGACACCCCGGAGGGCUACGUGCUAAGGAGAUCGGUCUGUUCAGCCCUGGUGGCUCCCGCGUCAGCAGCCAAUCAGAAUAAUCAGGUCUACGAGGCGGACAUCGUUCGAGAUGCCAGCAGUGAGAACAUGAUGUAUCUGCAGCUCUCCAAACGAUGCUGCCAUGACAUGGGGCUCCAGAGCAACAUGACCUGUGCAAUGGAGGUCCAGUUUCAGAUCAGUCGUCUUCCUCUCUGCGAGAUGCACAAAGCCGUCGACCUCCUUCCAGAAGUUGAAAUGGUUUUGCCAGACAUGGACCAGUGCUGUGUUCCAGUGCACGCGGUGCAGUACACUAGGCUUAAUGCAAAGCAGCAAACAGCCAUGUCCUUCAUCCUUGGCGAAUCAGACGGAAGAAGAAGCGUCGCACCUCUCCUCAUAUACGGACCCUUUGGAACAGGGAAAACUUACACUCUGGCCACAGCAGCAAAGGAGUUGGUCCGUCAGCCUGGAAACAGAGUCCUAAUUUGCACUCACACAAAUAGUUCUGCAGAUUUGUAUGUGAAAGAUCAUUUUCACCCCUAUGUUAACGCUGGAAAUCCUCAAGCUCGACCUCUCAGGAUUAAAGCCAACAAGAAAGGGGUGGUUAGCAGUGCAGCAUAUGACAUUACGGUACAAUACUGUCACCUUUCCACGGAUGGUCAGUUUCUGUUUCCUGACAAGGCUACAGUAGACCAAUUCAAAAUAGUCAUAACCACAGCUGCAAUGGCCAGAUUGUUCCAUGAUCUGAAGCUGCCAUCGGGUUACUUCAGUCAUAUAAUGAUCGAUGAAGCUUCUCAGAUGUUGGAGUGUGAAGCUUUGAUGCCCCUGAGCCUGGCAGGAAAAGGAACACGAGUGGUUCUGGCUGGAGACCACAUGCAGAUGGGUCCAAGGCUUUUCUCUCCAGAGGAAGGUCAACACCACAGUCAUAUUUUGCUUAAUCGCCUUUUCCAUCACUAUAAAGCACUAAAAGAACACAAUGUGGCUUUGAGCAGCCGAAUCAUCUUCAACGAAAACUACCGCUCCACUAAGGAAAUAGUGGAGUUUGUGUCCACUCACUUCUACGUUGGUAAGAGUGAUGCCAUCAAGGCCAGUGGGGCAGUGCCUCCGCACCCCCAGCACCAUCCUCUGAGGUUCCAGCACGUUCAUGGCCAGUGCCGCUUGGACUCCACGACCAUGUCCUGGCUUAAUCCACAGGAGGCUGGGGUUGUUGUGCAGGUUGUGAAACAUCUGGUGGAGAAAUGGCCAUCAGAGUGGGGAAAUCGGGAAAGAAGAACAAUAUGUGUUCUUUCUGAAGGAUGUCAGAUCACAUUUAUCCGGCAAGAACUGCGGAAGGAAAAGUUAGGAGAUGUAACAGUGGAACAUUUUGAAAAUGUUCAAGGCAAACAGUUCCGGGUAGUAGUGAUGAGCACCAUUCACACUCGAGACAGCCUGCUCUCAUCUGACUCAGCUUACCUGGAUUUCUUCAAUGAUGCCCGAGUGCUGAAUACUGCCAUGACCAGAGCUCAGUCUCAGGUCAUUGUGGUGGGAGAUGCUGUGGCCCUGUGCAUGUUUGGGAGGUGCACGAAGAUCUGGAAAAGCUACACUGGGCAAUGUAUUGGGAAGGGAAGCAUGAACCCACCACAUCUGACUGUAGAUGAUAUUGAAAAAGAUGUGAGGGUAAAUGCCAAAUUUUUUAAAGAAACAGAAGAAGACACCAGGGACACAGAAUCAAUCGCAUCUGAAAUAAGUGACACUGAAGACCCUAUACUGAAGGAGCUGUUGGAAAGCAAAGAUGUCAGGAUUACUGUCACAGCAGAUGGCAUCCUGGACAUUUUUCCAAGUGAGAAGCUCAGAGAAUCCAGUGAAUCCCCAGAAUAUGACCGACAACCAAUUCUGAGUUCAGCAGCUCCAGAUUCGGAGUGCCUUUUGCUGACGAAUCCACAUCGGUUCAAACGCUGUGUUUUGAUUAUGGAGAGGUUUAAUCUAAGCUAUGCUAGACCUUUGGAUGAUCCCACUCUCUGUAUUAAAAUCAAAGGCAGGAAGAAUGUUGGCCACUCUUUUCAUAGAGAUCACGUUGUAGUACAGAUACUAAAUGAUGACCACUGCUUUCCAGAAGGGAGAGUGCUUGAUGUUCUGCAGACAGAAGAGACAUCAAGAUUGCAUGUCUGCACCAUGGAUAGAUACGAUCUUCAGCUGAUGGUUCCCAUUAACAAAGCUGUCUCAAAAAUUUUCACUCCAAUGUACAAGGACAAACCCAACUAUGUUGCUGUGAGAACACCAGAUAAUGAUUACAGGAAGCCAGUGAAGUUUGUGAAAAUAAAUGAAGUACUAAAGAGAGAAAGCCUUUUUGUUGUCAAGGUCUUGAAGUGGCAAAAAACAUUUAAAUGUCCCUUAGGCGUUGUAGUGGAGGUCCUUCCAAAGGUGACCUCAUUAGAGGCUGGUCUGGAAGUCUUAGAUAUUGAAUACCAACUCAAUAGAACUCUUCCUCCAUCUGUCCAAGAAGAAAUGAAUUGCAUGGAUAUAAAUGAAGGGGGCCAGAAAAGGAAGGAUUUUUGUAAAUACACAACUUUUACCAUUGAUCCAGAAGAUUCACAAGACAUGGAUGAUGCAAUAAGUGUAAGAGAUUUAGGCCAAAGAUAUGAAAUAGGAGUUCAUAUUGCUGAUGUUGCUAGUUUUGUUACCAUGGGCAGUGCUACUGACCAAUAUGCUCAGAAACUUGGAGUUACUUUUUAUUGUCCUGGAAAAGAACCUGAACAUAUGUUCCCAAAAUGUCUCAGCACAAAGAAUUUCAGUUUGUUGCCUAAUUGUGAACGACGUGCCAUUUCUUUGAUGACAGAGGUGGACAAGAGCACAGACCGGAUUGUGAGCAGCCAGUUCUAUCUCUCUGUGAUAUGCUCAGACAGAAAACUGUCUUAUGAAGAUGCUGAGAAAAUAAUCCAGAGCAACUCUAACAAGAACCUGUCAUGUGACACUUUGGAAGGCUGCAUUGCAAAAGCUUGCCACUUUUCAGAAGUACUCAGAAAGGAGAGGAAACCAGCUGACUGGUGCUAUAAAUCACCUGAUGAAGAAAUCCACAUGGGAAACAGAUCUCACAAAAUGGUUGAAGAGCUCAUGGUUCUGUUUAACAGUUCAGUGGCUGACUGGUUGCUAAGUAUUGAAAAGACAAAGAGUUUAACUCCUCUCAGAUGUCAGGAUAAACCCAGCCCAGUGGAAGUUUCUCAUUUUAAAGAAAAGCAGAGGUCACUCAUACCUAUGUCCCUUCAUCUUUCAUACCAUACAAAUGAGAGUGAAAGUCUUGACAAUAGCCAGAAUACUGUGGACACCAGCAAUUUCUGCAUACUUAGUUCCUGGUUGGAACACCUUGAGUCUGCUGCUCACAAAGGGGAUAUUCAUAAAGUAAUUGAUAUAAUUACAACAGACAACAUUCAUCCACAGUUGCUGCCUGUUGUAACUGAGCUCACUCAUCUUCUUUGUAAGGCUCGUGUUCUUCGCUCCAACUCAUCAGCUCAGUCCAGAGUGGGACACCAUGACCUGCAGCUUGACUCCUACGCCUGGGCGUCAUCACCCAUACGCCGCUAUGUAGAUGUGAUUGUGCAGAGGCUCCUGCAUGCAGCUGUUGAUGACUCAAACAUCAAAUACACACCUACAAACAUUGAUUGGCUUUCUAUAGAAUUUUCUCAGAAAUGUAUGGAACAGCAGGAUUAUGAAAAGAAGGCACAGCUUCUAAAUACUGCAUCACAGCUGAGCACACAAAGUCUAAGAAAGAUAUGUUUUGUUGUUGAAGUGCCCCAGAACAGCAAAAUGUUUUCUUUACGCUUUCCUUUGAACAAUACUUCACUGCCAAAACAAAUGACCAUAAUGUACAAGGACAUGCAGCUGAUAGCCCAGCCGGAAUUCGAUGAAGAAAGUCAAUGCAUGAUCCUGAAUUGGGUGCGAAGGAUUUAUUCAUUCAAUAAGAAUCAGUCAUCUUUUUGUUCAGGACACCACACUGCUACUGAAACGACAUUCAUUCUAGCAGACACGUGGAAAGAUAUUCUUUCAUCAAUAAAAGCAGAAGAAUGGGAGAAUGUGCUUAAACUGACCAAGGAAAUCCGCUCAAGUAUUGUUAACGAUGACAGCAAGCAGCCUGAAAGGUUAACAAGUGAUGGUCACUACACUGAUGUGUCCCUGAAACUGAAGGCUGGUCAGACAAUGGAAGUACAACUUGGUUCAGAUACAGAAAGAGGGUUGCUGGUCCCUGUGGUACAACUGUUGGUUGUUCAUCCUGGGUUUGAAAUUUGCCUGGAACAUGUAAAGAAUCCAGUGCAAUGCUUUUCCCAGUUUGCGCUCCAAUCUACAAAGAAGCACUAUGACAGCUACAUGGAAUAUCAGAAAAUCUGGAAACCCCUUUGUGAAAUGGAGUCAGCAUCCAGUGCUGUGGCAGAAAAUGACAGCAUUAUCUUUGAAGAUAUAGUCAUUACUUUUAAGAAGGACAGUAAAUGUAAGAAUCUAGUUGGAUUUUUUCGACUUCCGUUGGAGACCAUCAAGCAGUGGUCCAUUGACUGUGAUCUGAAGAACUGCUUUUUGUGUAUUCGACUGAGAAACCAAAAGCAAAAUGUCAGACCAGGGAAGCUAUCAGACCAUAUAGAUCCCAUGUCCUACACAUGGAUCGCUCAUGGAAUAACCACUAAAAUCACUGAUGAGGAUGAAUCCAAGAUACUCUCCUAUGUGCAAAUAUACUUCCGCGUCAAUCACCUCACUUUCAAAAAUAACCUGGAAAGUAUCUUCAAGAAGGAUACCAGAUUCACUCUGGAGUUAAUUCCCAAGCUGUUGCCUGAUGUGCGCAAAGAAGUAGCCAUAUGCCAACUUGCCCAGGCCAACCUGCUUGUGCAGAACAUUGCAGUUGGCAGGGAGACAUGCUUCAAAAGUGCAAGUAAAAGAUGGAAAUCACAAAUGAAAAAAAGGCUAGAGGACUUGCCUGCACCUAAUGAGAGCCAGAAGAAUGCCAUACAAGAAGCUCUGGAAAACCAAUUCACACUCAUACAGGGCCCCCCAGGAACCGGAAAAACUGUGGUUGGAGUCUAUCUCGUUUAUUGGUUCUUCAUGUUAAACAAAAAGAAAACAGAAGAGGAGUCAGCAGACAGACAAAAAGACAUGAAGAAAUCCUGUAUCUUAUACUGUGGGCCCUCCAAUAAAUCAGUGGAUGUUGUUGCUAAGCAGCUUGUGAAGUUCCAGCAUGUUCUGAGACCACUAAGAGUAUACAGUGAACAGAUGGAAAUGCUGGAGUUCCCUUACCCAGGAAGCAACCUCAAACUCUCACGCAGGGCUCAGAGGGAAGCAAGGCCCAGCAACGACCUCACAUCAAUCACACUGCAUCAUAAGAUACGGAAACCUGGGAACCCAUUCUCAGAUCAAAUCCGGGUGUUUGAUGACAGGAUUAAAAGGAAGGAGGAAAUCACUGAUGUUGAAGUUGAAAGCUACAAAAUUCUUCUGAACCAAGCUCGCCAAUUUGAGCUGGAAAAUCACGAUGUCAUUUUGUGCACCUGCACUGCUGCCUCAAACCCAAACUUCACCAUGAAAUUGACCUUGCAUCAAAUUAUUAUUGAUGAGUGUGCUAUGGCAACUGAGCCAGAGGCCUUCAUACCACUGACCAUCCAUAAACCCAAACAGAUUGUUUUGCUUGGGGACCACAAGCAAUUACGGCCCAUUUUGCAAAAUGAUCUUACGAGGAAGUUAGGAAUGGAGAAGUCUUUGUUUGAACGUUAUGUGGGAAAUGCUCUCAUGCUGGAUACACAAUACAGAAUGCAAAAGAGCAUAUGUGAAUUUCCUUCAAAUGAGUUCUACAAUGGUCAACUGAUAACUGGAAUUGGCCAUAAACCCAGCAUGCUGAUGAUUAAAUCUCGGCCCACCGCUAUCUUAUUUGGACACGUUGAAGGGAAGGAGGAGAGACUAGUCGUCUCCACAGAGCAAGGGAAUGAAAACUCAAAGGCAAAUUCUGAGGAGGCCGAACAUUCGGUUCGUAUAGCUUCACUUCUAAUAAGUCAUUCUGGGAUACAACCUGAGAGAAUUGCCAUUCUAACACCAUACAAUGCCCAGGUGGCAAAAAUUAAGGAAAUCCUGUCCAAAAGAAACAUUACAGAUGUCACUGUAACCACCAUCGUGAAAAGCCAAGGAAGCGAAUGGCGCUAUGUCAUCAUGUCUACCGUGUGCUCCUGUCCGCAAUCAGAGAUUGAAACGGAACCCACCCGCACGUGGAUAGUGCAAAAGCUGGGCUUCGUCAUGGAUCCCAACCAAGUCAAUGUCGGCAUCACCAGAGCACAAGAAGGACUCUGUAUUUUAGGCAACAAGAACUUGCUACGGUGCAGCGCCCUUUGGAGGAGAUUGCUGGAUCAUUACUGCAGACAUGACUGUGUGGAGGAUAAUGCAAAGGACAUUUGGGUCCAGAGCAGAACUGUGAAAAAAAAGAAUAAAUCCUACAAGUUCAGCCGUCAGAUGAAGUAAAACAUUCUUCAAAAUCUCUGGAGGUUAUCACCAAGAUGACACACCUUUAUUACCUUCAGAAAGUGCUCUUGGUUUUUAAUGAAUGGUUCUCAGAUCUUUCCUUGGAGACUCCCCCAGUCACCCAUACGUGUUCUUUUCCACCAUUAAUUAAUUAACAGAAUAGUGAGAAGUUCAUCAACUCCAACAGAUGGUCUGGUGGUACAAUAUAAUGUGUACCAAGACAAUAUGUAAAAUGGGAGUUUUCAGGAGUUUUAAAAACACCUCGUUUGGAAUAAGGUCUGAGUAGUUGAUGCAUAGAUGGACACUGGGUGUAAACAAUGGAACACCUGCCAGUGGUUUGGAACAUCUGUGUUUGUUUAAUAGUCCUCCCAUUAGGAUAAGUUGUAAAUAGGAGUGGAGGCGAGGAUGCCCUCAAUAAUGAACUGAAAGACAAAAAUAAAGUAAUUGUGGAGUAUUUACUAUACAGUAUGUAAGUGUAAACCAGUGUGGUGGGGUUUGCUUGGUUAAGCAGGGAUGAUAUGAAAACCAUCCUCGCUAAUUUAUACAGGGAAUUUGGAGGUCUGAUAAACAUCAUUAUGUAAUGACUGUGUACAUUGUAAUAACUGCACAUAAUGUAAUAAAAUAAUGUAACAAUCUGCCAAUAAUGUAAUAACAAUGGUGAGCACAUAAUGUAAUAACAAUGGUGAGCACAUAAUGUAAUAACAAUGGUGAGCACAUAAUGUAAUAACUUAUUGCACAUAAUGUAGUAAGUUAUUACAUCAUGUGCAAGUUAUUACAUUAUGAACUUAGUGUAAAUGUUUCUGUUAAAAAUGUAAUAUAUUGAAACAUAUUGUAAUUACUAAAUAAAAUGGUUUAAAAAUGC